GGGUAGCAGAGCUGGGGCCAUGCGUGUAGUGUAGGCAUACUUGUCGCAGCUGAUUGGGUAACACAUGUGACAGGCCACCAAACAGAAGAAAAUAUAGGCUGCCUCGAAGCCCGUUGCGGAACGUUGCAAGUAAACACGUCGUUCAAUCCGAAAACGUUGCAAACCGGUGCAAAACGUUUUGAGAUUGAACUCGCCCCUGGUGUCAGCGUUUACAACUUCCAGGAGAGGAAGCGGAACUAUCCUCACGAAAAGAGAAAGAACCCAUUAAGGGAGAACUGCGUUAACAGCAAUCAGCACUGGUCACUACUGGACAAGCAGGGACAACGUGCUGCCGCCGUCCAGACCGCUGUCCCAACGACCUGAGGGGCUCCUGUGAUGGUGAUGAUGAUGAUCUGUGUCCACAGUGUCGAUCACCCAGCAGCUGUGGUGAGUUCAACAACAACAGCUGUGUGGCUGACAUCAUUUGCAUCUGCAGGGAGUGUGAGCUGACAGCAGAGGGCGACUCACAUGUUUCACGGGGAAAGAUGAGGUUGAACCACAGAGAAGGAACAGUGGGAGCCGCUGGGAAGGAAGACAGUGAUGUACAAGACUAUGAUGCAGAUGUCUUACUCCCGUCCGGAGCUCUGUGGUUGUUGGGAUCUCUGCUGCUCUGGAUUGUUUGGUUGCUCCUGCACCUCCUCCAGAUGUCAAUCUGGUUGAUCAAAGGCCUGCUGUGGUCCAUCUCCAUUUCUUUGCCCCUGCUGUGUCACUGUGUGUCGUUCCUUCUGUCCUGUGUUCUGCUGCUGCUGCAUUACAUGUGUGAUGUUGUGUUUUUUGCGACCACCAGUCCUGUGUUUGCUUAUGGCAUGCUUCUCAGUGUUGGCAUUUUAUUGCUUACUCUCCCUAGGUAAAAAUGCAAAACAUGCAAAGAUUUCACUUGUGAAAUAGGUCAUUUAUAUAGAUAAAUAUAAAUUAUAUUAUAUAGGGAAUAAAUAGGUAAUUUCACAUGUAAAAUCACCAUCAGCAGGCGUAAAAGCAAGACUAUAUGUCAUUUUUGAAAAAAAGAAAUAACACUAUAGUCCCCUGGCAAAAUAAUGUUGAAUUUACAAGCAACAAAACUCACCCUUGCUUAGUUCAGACCUUGCUCUGGUAUGACCAGUAGCCUAUGGUGGCUAAUGUUAGCAAAUAUUAGAUUAAUAUUGCGGAGUCAGUUCGCAGACUUUAUGGCUCUUCUCUGCCUUUGCUAAUGUGAAGUUCUAGGAUUUAACAUAAUUGUCACUUGUGACCACGGUGGCCUCUAUCUAGCAAAAGUUACACCGUCUCACUGUAAAAUAGAGAAAUAUGAACUAAUCAGGUGUUACAAUCCAGGAUCCUUUUGUAUAUAUCCUAUCUAUGAACACUUAGUGUAUACAGUAAUCUGUAAUAACAAUGAAUGUUAAAUUAUUCAUAUUUAUUUAUAACACUUUUUAAAAAUGUAUUUACAUUUAACAAUGUCUCUACAAUCUCAUCCAAAUUACAAUAUAUACAAAUUGAACCUUUUUACAACACAACUUCUUAUCUAAUGUAAUAAAGAUGUUGUUUUGAUGCAUGUUGUAAUUUAAUGGGAUGGUAAGUUUAUUUAUGAUAGCCCACAUAAAUGGUAACAUAGAUCUAUGAUUAAAAAACAAACAAAACUUCUUUGAUAUUGUAAUGAAUUUCAUCCAAAUUCAUGCAGCUUCUGAACUCACAACCCCGAGCCGGGCGAGUGUGUGUUAGGUUCUUGUGUAUGUUUGCGCUUAAAAUGUUUUUCAAUUUAUUUAUCUAAAUUUGAAUGUUGACCUUACAAGAAUAACUGUUUUAGUGCAUUAUGCUAUCUCUCUGUGAGAAAUCUCCCUGAAUGCAUCUUCAUAUAUAUAUCUACACACUUAAAUGGAAAUAAUUAAUCUAGCUUGCACAUUAGAGUGUGGUUUGGCUGGGGAUCCAGGUACAAAGGUUGGGUUUUUUUUAAUUUGCGAUAUUUUAUACUAACAACUUCCUUCUUUAUAAAUCACUGCAGCGUUUCCUCAUUCUCAGUCAAAUCAGCACUUAGACUUAAGAAAAGGGGGAGAAUAGCUUAUCAGUGUAUGUUUAUAGACCAUUUAUCAUAUCAGAUACACUGAAGACUCAACGAGAAUUUGAUAUUUGUCCUUUGAGAGCUGCACCAGGAAACAACAAGGAACAUAACCUUCUCAGGACUCAACUGAAGUGUACUGUUUAUUCAGUGUUAAUGACUUUACCGCUGGACAAACAGGCGUGAACUGAGCCGAAGCUGUACCAAACCGGGAGCCAGAAGAAGUACACAGCUUUGACCGAGAUCUGGACGAUGUCUGCGAACUUCAGAGUCGUCCACAAGAGGAGGGCGACUAUCACGGAUCUACCCCUCUACUACUCUGGACACCUGCUGAAGAAAAACACCAAAGACAAGGAUUUCAAGAAGUACUACGGAGAGCUCCGAGGAGCCACACUCUUUCUGUAUGAAGAUGACACGCAGGAUACAUACACAGAGAAACUGGACCUGGAGCAGCUGAAGUCCAUGGAGCUAAAUUCUCCUUAUCAGAGGAAGGUGCCAACCAUCUUCACUCUCACCCUGCACACAGGGGAGGUGAAGCUAAAGAUGGACAAUCUCGACACAGGAGAGGAGUGGAAGGGUUACAUCCUGACUGUAAUCAAAAAAGAGAUCCCCAGUAAGCUGCAGCUGCUGCCUGGACAGAUUUUGCUUCUGAAGGAGGUUCUGCUUCAGGAGAAGAGACGAAAUUCUGCCAUGUCGCGUCCACCCCUCCCACCCCGCCCAUCCUUCCUAAUCUCAGCCUCCACCUCCCCUCCAACGUCCAAAGACGAGAUUGACCGCAGCGACCCUGAGACUCCUUCGUGUUACUUCAGUGUGACUCGGCAGGAGGCUGAGCGGAUGUUGGAGGCAAACCCAGAGUAUGGAGGCAUCAUCCUCCGCCCAUCCACUCUGGCCAAAAACUACGCCCUGACCCUCAGACAACUGACGCCCAGUGGGCCUGUCAUGAAGAACUACAGAGUAACCUCCACAAACUCAGGGUUUGUCAUUGAACUAGAGACACCAGUGAUGGUCUCCUCCUUAAACGAUGUAAUUAAAUUCUUCAUUGAAAAGACAGAGUACCGUCUUCAUCCCUACAUGCCAUCUCAGCCCUACGACACUUGCAUCAAUGUGUUCCCCACUCCAAAGUGCAUCAACAUCACCUCAGCUGCACCUAAAACGGUACCCAAGGCACAAGUGGCACCUAUGCCGCGCUCGCAGACCAAAGAGGAGCUUCUGCCCCCUCCUACCAAGACAGAGGAGACUGAAUAUGUGGUUCCUGAUGACCACAGUCCUGGUGCCAACAACCUAAACCUAGUUCAGCUGGAUGGAGAGCUUCGGGAAAUUUUAAAACUACGCAAGGAAACCAUCUCUGCUACUGACGAGGAGGAAAUCACCACCUAUGAGAAUGAAACCACUGAAAAGUCCCGCUCAAGCACAGCACAGUGGAAUAUAAACAGCUCAACAGUGUGAGGCAUGUGCUGCUAAUUCAAUGUGGACCACUUUUAAGGACCACAUUUAGUGCCGUGAAAAUCUUUGAACAAAAAUCCACUGGACAAAGUUAAUAAUGUGCGUCGGUUAAAUUAAAACGAAAGGUUCUCAAACCCAUGGGCCUCUGGUCAGGUUGUCCUCUCUUCAGAGGGGCUGUAACACAUCUUUUCCAGAUGAGACAGGUACAGUGGAUAUAAAAAGUCUACACCCUCCUGAUAAAAUGCCAUGUUUUUGUGAGGAGACAAAGAUAAAUAUAAAUCUGUCACCAUUUUUUCCACCUUUAAUGUGACCCAUAACGUGAACAAUUCAAUUGAAAAAACUAACUGAAAUCUUUUAGGGGGAGGGGGGAAUACAAAACUUACAAUAGCCUGUUUGCAUAAGCGUGCACACCCUUACACGAAUACAUACUUACUAAAAUUUUGAUUUUAUUACAACACACUAUUUUAGCAUGGCCCACUUGUCUUUACAAAAGCACUCCAAUUCUGUCAGAUUGUGAGGACAUCGCCUGUGCACAGCCCUCUUCAGAUCACCACACAGAUGUUCAAUUGGAUUCAGGUCUGGGCCGUUCCAAAACGUUAAUCUUGUCCUGGUGAAGCCUUGCUUGUGGAUGUACGCUUUGUGUCGUUGUCGUGCUGGUGAUUGGUUAAUUCUAAAUACAGCCACAUCCCCAGUUAUAAGAGGGUUUGCACAUUUAUGCAACUAAGUUAUUGUAAGUUUUGGAUUUUUUUUAUUUUUUCCCCCUUAAAGAUUUCAUUUUGUUUUUCAGUUGUUCACUUUAUAGGACAUGAUUUAUCUUUGCCUCAUUUUUUUUUACAUCACAAAAACCUGGCAUUUUAACAGGGGUGUGUAACCUUUUUAUAUCCACUGUAACGCUCCUGUUAAACUCCACAAAAACACAAAUGCCUUGUCCACCUCUCUUGGAACUGUCUGUGCUUCAGUGCACUGUUCAUGUUGACAAGUUGAAAUGUAUAGCUAAAAUGUGAAAUGACAAGACUAUGAGACAUGAGAGUCUGCAAUCAUGUCUUUGAGGCCGUACAAAGUGCUUUAUGUCAGCAGGCUAAUGCUAAUGUGCUAUAAUACGUGUUGUAGAAACAGCCAUCUUAGUUUAACAUGCUGGCAUGCUAACAAGUCUGAUGAGAAUGUCAUUAGUUUUGCAGGUAUUUGGACAAUAUAAACACGUGAACUGAUGAUGGUGCUAGAUUAAAAGUAAGGGGAUCAAAAUAACAAGUCAACCUUUGGAGAACACGAGUGUCUGUACAAAAUAUCUUAGGAAUCCAUCCAACAGUUGUUGAGAUUUCAUCUUCAUGGUGACAUUCAUACUUCAUCUAUGAACCAAGAAUGUGUGUACAAAGUUUUGCGCCAAGCCAUAAAAGUAAAUGUUUGUGUAUUUCACUGAGCCAUUAAUUUGAGAGCCCUGUCAUAUGGAUGUGCAAGGUUUUCACAUUUCAACAGUAUAACAUUAUUAUCACUGAAAAUUAUGAUCUAUUACGGUCUUCAAGAAAGACUGUUUACAAAUCACUGCAUUAAGCUGAAAACUGUUCAAUCGUACACAAAAGGUUAAGAGCGCUUUGAUAUCAUUAUGACCCAAUUUAAAUAGAUAAUAUGACCACAAUUAUGGCUGCAACUAACGAUUAUUUUCUCAGUUAAUCAAUUGGUAUAUGGAAUGUCAACAAGUGGUGAAAAAUGUAAAACAUCACAAUAUCCCAGAGACCAAAGUGACGCCUUCAAAUUGUCACGUCAGUCCAAAUUAAGCAAAAAAAAGCAACCCAAAUCAAAAGAUUAUUAAUUUCCUGACAAAACUGCAAAUCCUCACAUUUCAGCAGAAGUUUGGCAUUUUUGCUUUAAGAACAACUGAUUGAUUAGCAAGUAGUUUCAGAUUAAUUUUCUUUUGAACGACUAAUCAUUGCAGCUCUAGUUUCAGCUACAUGUGGUAGCAAUGUUUUUUGUCUCGCAAAAGGUUGUCAUGCUUUGUUUUUGCUCCAGAAUUGUGGCUUAAAAGUAUAAAAAUGAUCAAAAGACUUGCCUGAGCCAAUUAUUGAGCAGAUCUGAAUUAUUGUCCAUUUUUGAUAUGAAAGAAUAAUCAAACUGUACAAUACAAAAUUGCAUGCUACAUGUGAAUCUUUUUAUCAUUGUUUUAAAGCGUUAAGUAAAAAAAAAAAAAAAAAAAAAAACAGAAUCCAGGAUGAUCAUUACUCUUUAUUUUUCACACAUAGCAGUAAGCCAACAUAAUGUUUCAAAUGUUAUAAUCAUAUUUUUAUAUUAAGUUAUUCCAUUAAGACUGUACUUUCUUAAUUUUCAUCAUUAUCAUGGAGCAUGUUAUACUGUAGGAUUAAAGUUUAAGGAUCAUUCAUCACUUGAUAAAGACAGCAAGACUGUGAAAAAUGUUCAAUAAAAAAAGAAAAGAGAAAACUC